CUUGCUUUACACAUUCACUCUAAUAACAACUAAAUAAAUUACUCCAGCUUUAUCUCCUCUCUCUCUAUAGUUUCUUGAUUUUCUGGUGAAGAAAUAGAUAGUGAUUAUGGCACUCGAAGCUUUGAAUUCGCCGGCGGCAGCGCCUACACCUGGCCUAAAGUACGACGACGUCGAUCGGAAUCUUGAUUCAUGGACCAAAGGGAAGCGCUCUAAGCGUUCACGGAGUGAAAAUCCGCCAACUGAUGAAGAAUACUUAGCUCUCUGUCUAAUGAUGCUUGCUCGCAGCGGCGGAGACGGCGGUCGCUCCGCCAUCAUCAGUCCCUCGGUUAAUACAGCCAAUCCCGCUGCCACAACCGUAAAUCUUCCUACCAUAGACGAUAGCAAGAAGCAAACAGAAAAUUCUACUACUCCGCCGCCACCGACGACCCAGAACCAGUCAUACAGCUGCAGCGUGUGCAACAAGACUUUUCCGUCGUACCAAGCACUUGGCGGACAUAAAGCAAGCCACCGCAAGAACGCCACCGCCACGGCUUCAGACGAUGGCAAUCAUUCGACGUCAACAUCCACCACGACGGCCUCUCCAAUUACUGCUUCUAAUGUGUCUGCUCUCAUCCCGAGAGGUAGACUACACGAGUGUUCCAUCUGCCAUAAGUCUUUCCCUACCGGCCAGGCUUUGGGUGGUCACAAGCGUCGCCACUACGAAGGCCCCAUCGGUGGCGGGAGCUCCAAAAGUGGAGUAACCUCCUCUGAUGGCGGCGCGUCCAGCCACGCUCCAAGGGACUUCGAUCUAAACCUACCUGCAACGCCGGAAUUUCCAUUGCAGUUGACCGUUGACUGUGAGAAGAAAAGUCAAUUUCUUGGUGAACAAGAGGUGGAAAGCCCUAUGCCUUUCAAGAAACCUCGUUUACCUUUAUUUGAGGAAAGAUAAUAAAUUUGAUUUGAUUAAAUUUAGCUUGGUUAUGUAAUUCAUUAGGAAUGUAUUAUCGGAACAAUUUAUUUAUUCAUUAAUAUAUAUAAAAUUGUUAUUUUGAGCAGUAAUUUCUUGUUUUAGGCUUUGUCCUUACCUUUCUGGAUGAAAUUCAUUGGAAUAGUUAGUUAUUGUACAAAUGGACAA